AUGCAGAGCAUCUUUCCGAUCUUGCUGGUGUCGGUGUUGCUGCUUGUGGCGGCGACUAGUGUUCAUGGUCGAGAGUCUGCUGCUGGUGCAGGUGCAAGUGCUAGUUCUGGUUGGUCGACGAAGAAGAAGAGCGUGGGGAAGAAGACUGGGAAGAAGACGGUGACGGCGCUGGUGGUGUUCGGCGACUCGAUCGUGGACCCGGGGAACAACAACGCCAUCAGCACCAUCAUCAAGGCCAACUUCCCUCCUUACGGCCAUGACUUUGGCCAAGACCACCGCCCCACCGGACGUUUCUGCAACGGCAGGAUACCCACCGACUUCAUUGCAUCCAAGCUGGGGCUGAAAGAGCUGCUGCCUGCGUACCUGUCCCCGAACCUCACCAAGCACGACCUCCUCACGGGCGUCAGCUUCGCCUCCGGCGGCACGGGCUACGACCCGCUCACGGCCCAGCUCGCCUCCGUCAUCUCCAUGACCGACCAGCUACGCAUGUUCGACGAAUACAAGCAGAAGGUGCGCUCCGCCGGCGGGGAGGCCGCCCUCUCCGCGAUCCUCGCCAAGGGCGUCUUCGCGGUGUGCGCCGGGAGCGACGACGUGGCCAACACCUACUUCACCAUGCGGGCGCGCAGCGACUACUCCCAUGCCUCCUACGCCGACCUCAUGGUCUCCCACGCCUCCGCCUUCCUCGACGGCCUCCUCGCCGCCGGCGCCCGCCGCGUCGCCAUCAUCUCCAUGCCGCCCAUCGGCUGCGUCCCGUCCCAGCGCACGCUCUCCGGCGGCCUCUCCCGGGCGUGCUCCGAGGGUCACAACGAGAUCGCCACCAUGGUCAACGCCGGCAUGACCCGGAGCGUCGCCGAGCUCGGAACCAAGUACCCGGGCGCCAGGCUGGUGCUCAUGGACAUCUACGGCUUCUUGCUGGACAUGAUGGUGCGGCCGGCGGGGUACGGGUUCACCGAGUCCACGCUCGGCUGCUGCGGCACCGGCAUGAUGGAGGUCUCAGUGCUCUGCAACGGCGUCACCUCCGCGGUCUGUGGCGACGUCAAGGACUAUCUCUUCUGGGACAGCUACCACCCCACCGAGAAGGCAUACAAGAUACUCGUCGACUACGUCUACGACAACUACCUCCAGCAACUCAUUGCCUAA